AUGUCGACCUUUACCAUCAGUCCAGACUAUGGCUAUGUCAUCCUCGCCGCCUCUACAACCUUCAUCAUGCAUUUUGUCCACAUUGGCAAUGUAGGAAAAUACCGCAAGCUCGCCAAGGUAGCCUACCCAAAAGCCUACGCCCCAGAGUCACGAACAGACAAUGAAGCACACCUCUUCAACUGCGCUCAGCGCGCGCAUUCCAACUUCAUCGAGAAUCAGGUAUCCAUGCUCGGCGCAUUGAUGCUAGCAGGUAUCGGAUUCCCAAAAACGGCGGGUGCUUUGGGAGGUGCAUGGACAGUGGCCAGAUAUCUCUACAUGACGGGUUACAACAAAGGAGGUGAGGGUGGGAAGGGUCGAUACCGUGGUAUCUGGUUCUGGUUAUGCCAGGCUGGACUCGUAGGACUGGCUGCGUACACUGGUGUGAGCAUGAUUUUGGCAUAA